AUUUGAAUAUAAUACAAAAUAUAUAUAUAUAUAUAUAUAUAUAUAUAUAUAUAUAUAUAUUAUCUUAUUAAAGUAUUGAAUAAUUUUCAAGUAAUAUUUUAACUUUUUUAUUUCAAGUUUAUAAAUAUGUGAAAUAUUUUCGAGUGCUGUGAAUUUAAUGAGUGUUAUUUGGUGAAAUAUUAUCCAUCACUUGUUUAUAUGUAUAUGACGGUUCCAUGAAUGCGAAAAUAGUGAUUAUCAAAAAUGGAUAAAAUAGAGCUAUUGGGCAGUGCUUGUUUCAGUCAUGGCCCAUAUACAUUUUACAAAGCAGUUAAAGUUAAUAAUGGACGUGUAUUGCGGUUGGGUAAUUUUUUUUUAACCAAGUUAUGGGCUGAUACUGAUUUAGUGAGUAUUGGUGAACUACAAUUGUUGUGGAUUGACAGUCGUGGUUCUAAUCAACCGUUAGCAUCAUUAAGACUUUAUUUCCUGCCUGAAAAUACACCUGAUGGACGUCGUGAUACACACGGAGAGGAUGAAGUGUUAACAAUAUCUGAAAAGGUUGUAGUACAUGUUCAUGAUCUCGUAACAUGGCUAGCACCCAAUCUAGAAUGGUCUUGGGGACGAGAAGUAACAUUUCCUAUCACGCCAUUGCCAAAGUCCGAUGACAGAUCGAUCAAAUCGGACCAAAUAAGCCCACAAGUGCUCACCGAUCCUGGAAUUGAUUUCUCGGAUGUUGAUAAACAACAAAAGAGUCAAGAGAAUGAAACUAUUUCAGCCAGUUGCCAAGACGAUCAACAUGCUAAAGUUGUCGUCUUAUCGUACCCGAGGUAUUGCCGAUAUCGGGCAUUACUUCGUAGGUUAGAAGGUGCACCAACAUGGUUAUCCUCACGAGUGGUGGCAGCUUUGGGUGGUUUCACUGCAGUACCUGGGACGAGAGUUCUCUUCUGUAGAGAUACUUUCGACUAUCCUGAUCUUGAAGGUCAUGAGUUAUUAUGUAAUCACUUAGCACCAAAAUUAAAAGGAAGACCUCGGAGAAAACGUAAAAAGCGAAGUGUCUCUCCUGGAGAAUCGAGCAAUGAAAGUGAAGCAUCUGUCGCAUCAACAUCACGUGGUUCAAUAACAUAUUUAUCAACUAAUUCAGUACUAAAACCACCAUUAUCAUCAGCCGUAAGAAGAAGUGAAAGAAAAAUGAGCGGUGAUGAACAAAAAUUCCUCACAGACGUACAAAAUUUUAUGAAUUCGCGUGGAACGCCUGUUGGUAAAAUGCCAUUAUUAGGAUACCGUCAGAUUGACUUGUAUUUAUUUUAUCAAAAAGUUCAAAAACUUGGCGGCUAUGAUUUGGUAACUGGAAGUCGUCUGUGGAAAUCCAUUUAUGACGAAAUCGGUGGUAAUACUGGAUCGACUAGUGCCGCAACAAUAACGCGAAGGCAUUAUGAGAGGUUACUUUUGCCUUAUGAACGUCAUCAGAAAGGUGAAGAGACUAAAGUACGACCUGUUAGUCGACGAAGUAAGUCUAUUUCAGACAUAACAGUUUCAGAGAUAUCGGAAAUACCUGGGAUGAAAUUGGAGAAACGAUCACGAACACCCCCUCAACUGCCAAUGAACGGUGAAACAACAAAUCUUACCAGCAGUACCACUAUCACAUCUAUCACUGACAUUUCCAAAAUAUCCUUAUCGAUAUCCACACUACCGAAAAUGGAGAAACCAAAGACUGAAGGUAAAAUAUCAUCAUUACGAAGUGUUCGAGUCAAACCAGAACGAUUAAAGUCAUUAAAUACAAUAAUUGCCACAACAACUAUACCCAAUUCCAAUAAUGAACCACCAAGUCCACCGUUAUCGACUGGUAAUUCUAGUACUACAUUAUCAACACCUGGAAGCACACCAUCAACUACACCCACUGGUGGGCAACCUUCAAAUGGUCUAGAUCGACAAAUAAAUAGCCCAUUGAUGACACAAUCAACCACUCCACCUAUCAGUUUAACUUUAACAACAGUAACACCACCACCUGAAAAAGAUUUUAAAACUGAAAUUAAAAGUGAAAAGCCAUUAAUUACAGCCCAAGGUAAAGAAAACAUUCCGAUUUUUGAUAAGACUCAAAAUCGUUCUGCAACACCAGAAGUUAUUGAUCUUGAACUUGAACCAGAUGGUGUCAGAGAUAAACUUGUUAUACCAAGUUUUAAGAAACGAAAAUUGGAGAUAUUGAGGGAAGGUGGUUUAGAAGUUACAGCCAUUGAUUUAGAUACACAUCAGAGUGUAAUACAGUCGUCAGUACCAUCUUGUAACUCUAAAAAUGACGAGAACAUGCUCAAUCAACCGAAAUUAAUAUCAGUUACGGUCACACCGGACAUUAGUCAUAUGCUUCCUUCACCAAAUGAAGUCAGAGAAUUAAAGUCCAUUAAGUCGAGUAAUUUAUCAGUUAAUUUACAGCCAAUUAAUAGUAAUAAUAAUAACGAUAGUAACAGUAACAAUAACAACAACAACAACAACAACAACAACAACAACAACAACAACAACAACAACAACAACAACAACAACAACAACAACAACAACAACAAUAAUUGCAAUAAUAAUAUUAAUAAUAGUAGUAAUAAUAGUAAUUCAAGUCUUCUUCAAGUUUAUUCACCGAAUUCUCAGUCGACUGAUAAAAUUUUUGUAUCACCUGUGCUUCCAAAUGCACAGGCAUUACCACCAAAAGUAACACAAUCACGAUCAAUAUUUUCACACAAUGAAAAAACAGUAUAUGGCAAUCCGAAAGAAAUUCUAACUACACCUAAUUGUUUAUUAAAUACUGGUGGUAUAUUGGACUUGACAGCACAAAAAAUUGAAAAAGGUGAACGACCAUUUUUACGACCAAAUCUCGAAAUUGUACGAGUUCCGGUCGUACCAAGACCAAAUGUCACCAAUCCCGAUAUCAACAGUCUAACAUCAUCUGAAUCAAAUAAUCAUCAUCAUCAUCAUCGACCAUCUGUUAAUCAUGCUUCAUUUAAUUAUCCACCAAUGUUAGAUAGCCGAACAAUGGCAUCAAAUAAUCUAGAGAUAACUCUAGUAUCACCGAAAGCCAAAAAUUCGGCACAACCAUUAAUCCGAUCUUCUAGUCAGCCAAUAAGGCCUGAAAGUAGGCUUCGACCUAAUGGAAAAUAUCCGAAAAUGGUGGAAUCGAUAAAUCCAUAUUCACCACGUAAAGUAAAUCCAGUAAUACCCAAUGUACCGAAUUUAAAUCAUUUGAAUAAUAAUUGUUUCUCGCCAAAAACAAUUAAUUCACAAAUAAUACGUGAUAUAAGUGAACGUAAAAAACCAACAGAAAUGAUUCGUGACCAUCAACGAAGAAUAAGUGAAGGUGAUGCAAAUUUCAAAAAUUUCAUUGAUGAAAGACGAUUACAACCAACACCAACUUCUAUUCAUCAACAACAUAAUUCUCAAAAGAUGCCAUUUUCGCGUCAACACAGUGAUAGUAGAAGACAUAGUGUACCUAAUUUGCCAACUGGUUUUAUUCCAGCGUUACCAGCUGGAGCCAGUAGUUCAGCUGGUAACGUAGUACCUUAUUCAAAUGGUCAAUUGACGCCAAGUAAUAACAAAUUUAUCCCACCAAUAAUGGAUCCCCUUUAUUAUCCAGCUGUUUAUAAUGGACCAUUUCCAACAUCAGUACAACAACAACAACAACAACAACAACAACAACAACAACAACAAAAUAAUUUACAACCACAAAGAAGUAAUUCUGUUAUAACUUCAGUGGCAAUGCAAGCGCGACAACAUAUGCCAAUUAUACCAAUACUACAAUUUACUGAUUAUUAUAAAAAUUUUUUAAUUGAUGAACAAUUAAUGCAAUCUACAUUGCCAACAACUAAAUAAAAAAAAAUUUUAAUAAUUUAGAUAAUUUUUUGUAAACAAGAAAAAAUUAUUAUUUCUUCUAACAUUAAAA